AUGUCUGUGGCGGCGAAUCUAGAGAAUCCACCUGCGCCGCCCCUCCCAGGUUCGCCAAACGCACCUGCGGUGGCGUCGCGUCUGCGAGGCAGCCGCUCCGCCAGCAGCUGGAGCGACAAGGGCGAUUCGCUCGCCAGUAGCCCCACGACUGCCUACAUCCGCGCCGCCUGCCGUCGCGUGCUCGAGCCGGUGCAAGCGGUUCUCACUCAGCUCAAUUCGGACAAGCUCCACGUCGGCGCCAGUGUCGUAGACCUGGCUGUGCAGCACCCCCUGCCGUGCCUCCGCGUCGAGCUGGUGCGGCUCUUGCUGCUGUUCAAGCGGUGGAACUGGUCCAUGUGCGCGCCGGUGGCCGUCGCCGCCGGCGUGGGUGACAUGGAUGUCCUGACGCGUCUUCUCUCCGUUGAAGAGCUGGAGCCGAACCUGGGCUAUCCCCUCAGGGUCGCCGUUCAGUGCCAUCAAAAUGAGCAAGUGCUGCCCUUCUUGCUCUCUCAUCACCGCAUUAAGCCCAACUAUGGCAGUGCCUUUUAUGCGGCCGUUGUCAUGGGCAACGUCGAGGCCAUGUACAUCCUCGGCGCUACCGCAGGGGUCAACGUGAACAGCUUUGUCAACAGCGAGGGCACGUCGGCACUCUUGUACGCGCUACGCCAGUUCCUCAUGUGUAGCUCGAUCGCGGCAGCAGCGCAGCAGCCAUCGCCGACCACCGCUUCGGCGGCGGUACACAGCCGGAAGCCCCAGCGCGGCAUCACACCGCCGUCCUCGCCUCUGCCUUCCACGGCGGAGCAAGGGGUGGCCACCAUCUCCCCGUUCCUUGCAGGUGCAGUCAGCGGCGGUGCGAGGGCGCCAGCGAAACAUGGGCUUUGCAACCUCCCAUCUGGUGACGCUGAUGGCAGCGGAGCGGCAUCUUACGCUGCAGCAGCAGCAGCACCCUAUAGCGGUGCCCCAUCUGCAUCGGUGUCCUCGAAGGCCAUGGGGCCGCUGUGGCAGUGCGACAAGACGCUCUUCAGCAAUGCGUCGGCCGCCUGGGCCAUGGACGAUGGACACGAGGGCGUUACGGCGGUGGCGCAUGGAGAGGACAGAGGCGAGAAGCACGGCCCCUCCUUCCGACAGGACACCGCCACUCAUCGCUUGCGGACGGCGCAGCACUGGAAGGCCGUGCUGCUGUACCUGCUUGACCACCCCGCGAUCGAAGUGAAUGCCGGCUUCUACACGACACCGCUGCAGAUAGCCGUGUUGGCCGGCAACGUCGAAGUUAUUGCAUGGCUCCUGCAGCACCCACAUCUUUGUCCUAACCGCUUGCCGAAGGCGGCCUCAGUGCUGCAAGACUCCCACUGCCUGGUACAGCGGCAGUCUCUCUCCGAAGAUGCCCUGAAGCGUCUCAUCGCAACCCCAGUUGAGAUGGCGGUGCAGCUGCAUCAGGUGGAGGCUUUCCAGCUGCUCGUCGGCGACCAGCGCGUUCGAAUGCCCGUGCGGCUCACCAUGGACCUAGAGCGGCUGGCAUGGAGCGCGGAGGCGAUUCCAUACCUGACGAUCCUCGCGCAGUACCGCGCCGACUGGGAGGGAUGGGGCUGGCGCUCACGUCGCCAGUGUCUGCUCAUCGCCACGGCAGCCAGCUGCGUCGUUGCGCUCUGCAGCUGGGCUGUAUGGUGUGCGUGGUAUGAUUCUCUCCAGGUAUGUGGAGUCGUGUUGGUGUACACUUACGCGGUGCAAGUAGUAAUGGCCAUCAUUCUCUUUGCGUGGGAAGCCUACAUGGUUCGAGCCACUUCAUCUGCGGCACAACAGUCGGCAGCUAAGCCGGCUCCAGUGCUGGUGGCCUUCGUGCAGCACCUCGUGCCAGCCUGGUCGGGUGCCCGGCAGUGCAGCGCCUCGGCAGUGCUGUUACUCUGCCCUGGUAUGGUGCCUGUGCUGGACCUUCUCUGCGCGUGGAGUUUAUACAAGAUCCACCGGAGCCGAAGACCUCUGCAGACAGCCGCGCGCGCUGGUGUUGCUGCACCAGCGGCGUCUCCGCAGCAGCGGCCCUUCGGCCCCACUGACAGCUCCACCAGCCACGCAGGUUUGUCGCACGCCUCUCGCGAACGAGUAGAUCGUUCGCGGCGCCAGUCGAUGUGGUUUUCAUCCGCUGCACGCGGGUGGUGCGGCCUGUCCGUCGCAUCGAACGUCUCUGGCCACGACAGCUUUACGGAGGCGCCGUGCACGGCGAACUUCAGCCUCAAGGAGAACUUCUCAUGUCCUCGACCAGCGACGGUGCGCACUCGGCGGCAGGUUUUGACCGGCGGCGGAGUGCAGAGGCGGCUUCAUGCUGGCGGCGGCUCACCGGCUUCGGCAGCAGCGGAGGGUGUGGCGCCAGCCUCGGCGCAUCGACUGAUAGCGUGCACGGCCGGUCAUGCCACUGCCUCGGACGGAGAGUUUGUCUUCCGCACGGUCUCGCCUAUCGUUACCAACAGCAUCACCUUCUCGCCGUCGGUUCGCCGCCGCGAUCCGUGGGUAGUGCCUGGCCGUCCCUCUCGCUUCGCCGUCUCCACGGAGUACCACGCCCCUGACCUGACGCUGCGUGCGCUGGCGUACGUGACGUACGAUUGGCUGCUUGUCGCGCCUCGAUUGCUGCUCUCGAUCGUGGGCAUCUUCAUGUUCACGCACAUGGUCUUUCCCUCCAGCCCGCCAGCCUCGUCCUCACCGCCGGCUGCAAUGGUGGGAAACGGCUCGGUGUUGGGGGUGGGUAGGGCGACACCGCCUCGGUCGUCCACCUUAGUCAGCGACGGCACCGCCACGCACUCCAUCUUUACUUUGCACCACUACGCUCGCCCACUCUCAGCUGUGCCGACCGGGGCUGCGGCCAUGACGGUGGAGACGAACCCCGCCGAUCUGCCGCACUUCACCACUAUGAUGGGCCUGGUGGGUCUCUGCGGGCUGGUCGCGUCCAUUGUGAACGGUGCGGUGCUGCUUGCCAUGGCGACCUCGCUGCGCACCAUCACGACGCAGUCCUUCUUCGCGAGUCCAAAAGGCAAGUGCAGCGCUGACGUCGGCCGCGGCGUCGACGGUCUUGUGUUGCGCCACUGCGAAUGGGAUGGGCCGCGUCGCGCCGCUGACUCGCGCGCCGACUAG